AUGGGACGCUACGAGAAUCUCAUGCGAGAGCUCGCGCUUGAGGACUCUGAAGUGUACCGCCGCUGGAUUCGCAUGGACACAGCAACUUUUGAGAAUCGUUUGGGGAAAGUGCGGCCCCGCAUCGGUAAGCAGGACACGAAUUUCAUGGAGGCAAUUGAUGCGGGCGAGCGCCUAGGAGUGACGCUGCGCUACUUGCUGGACAGAAUGAUGUCCCUGCAGUACGCGUUCAGGAUGGCGCACAAUACUAUAUCAAAUAUCGUGGCGGAGGUAACUGUUGCAAUAUAUGAUGUUUUGAAAGAAGACUUCGUCAAGGUUCCUGCCACACCAUGUGAAUGGAAAGUCGUGGCAGACCAGUUCAGUGCACUGUGGCAGUAUCCACACUGUAUUGGUGAACUGGACGGUAAGCACGUGGUCAUCAUGCCUCCCCCCAAGACAGGAGCCAUGUACCGCAACUACAAAGGCACUUUCAGUGUCGUGCUCAUGGACCUUGUAGAUGCGGAACUGAACUUUUUGUACGUCGACAUUGGACGGAAGGGCAGGAUGAAUGACAGUGGAGUGUGGAACUCCUGCAACCUGAGGGUAAAAUUGGAAAGUUCGCCUUCAGUCCUCCCUCAACCCCAAGUCUUGCCGCACUCUUCCAUGUCAGCCCCUUACGUAAUUGUGUGCGACGAGGGCUUUGGAUUAAAUAAUUAUUUGAUGAGGCCAUAUCCUGCAAGGGAGCUGAGCACAGACGCCAGGAUCUCCAAGUACAGGGCACGCCGUACGGCUGAAAAGGCCUUCGGAGUCUUGUGCAGCAGAUGGCAGAUCUUCCGGGCUCCUCUGCGCCACUCUCCAGAAAGAGCCACCGCGAUCAUCAAGGCCACCAUAGCUCUGCACAAUUACCUCCAAACGCAGAGGACUACACGACCGCUCUACCUGCCGCCAGAGAUAGUAGAUGUGGAGGAUAUUGCCACAGGCACUGUUCGUCCGGGUUCAUGGAGACAAGCCGUAAGCAACCAUGGAGCCAUGCGACCCUUGCAACGACCUGGAGGGAACUGUUCCAACAGUGCAAAAGCAGUCAGGGAACUGUAUACACAGUACUUCAGCAAUGAAGGACAAGUAGGCUGGCAGUGGAAAAUGAUCUAA